GCCUGGUUAGCCAGACCUACAUCAAGAUGUAAGGUCUGGCAACUCUUCACACAAACGGCUCAAUGCAAGGGGCGGGAUAUAAGGUUGUCCCUCAAAAUGCCUCUGCACGCAAUAGGAUAGCGCUAUGACCAAUCAGAGCAACGAAGAAGGUGACGUAGUUAGAGCGACGGAAAAGAAUCGAUGGGGAAGUGUUUCAUGAAAAGUUUGAUGUAGAGAUUUCUGUAAGUUACCAAAUGUUAUCGUAGUAAUGGACCUGAAUGACUACUGCCGUUUUUGUGAAAAAAAUAUGAGAAUUGCGGGUGUGCUGGUACAUUCUUCAAGCAUAUUUGAAAAACAGAAGAAACUAAGUAUUGUCGAAAGACUACUGCAUGUCGGAGUGGCGGUAGUUAAAACAUCGCUAAAAUCGAACAGGAUUUGUAGGUAUUGUCUCAGUGUUUUAUCGAGACUUGAACGUGACUUGCCGGUGUACUGGAAAUGGGUGGAGAAUGAAAAAAAACGAGAAAGCCUCAGCAGUAGAAACCAUUACAGGUCGUUCAGAUAAAAGAGAACGUGAGCCUACUCCCUCGAAGACCCCCAGGGCACUAAAAAAGUUCUGCCCUAAACCUGCAAGCCCUGGAAGAUCUAAUAUUCGACGCAGCAUCACUGAGCAGAUCAUCAAAUGCCCUAAACAAAAGCUGUGUGAGGCUGAUAAUGCUUUGAUGGUAAAACACAUAAACAACAAAAAAUGGAAAGCGGCGGCCAAAUUAAUCAUGCAGCAUGAAGAGCUUCUACAGGAAGUGAAGGUCAUUAUCCUUACAGUAAUUGCAAGUGAAUGCAAAACACUUUGCAACCCAAGCCAGAAUUUCAUGCUGUGGAGGUCUUCACCAGAAGAUUUGAGAUCUUUCUCAAUUAGCAGCCUUGAGUCAGACCUCCAGCGUCUCUCACCACUCCUCUUGUCUGUCUUCUCAACCAUCACAAACCACUCCCGUCCUGUCACCUGUGCUGCGGCUGCAAUUGCACUGAGAGGUAGAGAACCCCGUCUGUCAGCUUUCGCCCACUACAUAAACUGCAUUCUUCAAUAUGGGGGUGCGAAGAAGGCAGUGUUUGAAAGGCUCAGUAAAUUUUCCAUUUCAACGGUUCACAAAAAUGCAAUUGGAAAGCAGAAGGAAUUGUCUAACAAAUGCGGAUCUGGUCUUUGGCAUCUAAAGAGGCAAAAUGAAGAUUUCAUAACUCUUGAAGCUGGAUGUCAGUCUGUCAAUCAAGGACAGGACAAAAACUACAUAGACCACAGAAGUAAGUCUGAGCUGUUACUCCGUGAUGUCUUCAGAAGCAUGGAAGAUCUUCAAUUAUCAGAUGAGGUUGCUGAAAGCAGUGCUGUGGACCAUGCUACACAAGAUGAAGAGGUGAUGAUCACAUCAGAGAAAGUUGAAAGAAGUAUCGUGGACCAGGUUUCACGACAUGAUGAUGAGAGGAUUACAUCCGAUGAGUUGACGGUGACAUGUCCAACUCCACCACAUACAUAUUCCAUCAUUUUUGACAAUUUGGAUUUCUACAUGCACGCACACCACCAGUCUUCCCUACGCAGCAACCAGUCAAUACACUGGAUUCACCACAUUGCAGUUCAAGACCGGAUACCAAUAUAUCACCUGGCUAAUGACAAACCAAUUGGAAAUCUUCUGCAUUAUGACCUGAAUUUGUCACUCCCUGGAGAAGCUGAACAAAUGCAAAUGCGAAGGGAAUACAUUGUCCUUACCAGCCGAAUCCUGUCAUCUUAUCUCACUGUGUUCAAGCCAUUCUCCAACGUUGUCUUGCAUCACAUACCACAUCAGUAUUCGGCAGAAAUGGCACAGCGUUCCACUGAUUACCCAUUAGGGCUGCUUUUCAAAGACGAAAACAAAUCCGCUGACUUGGCAGAAGUACUUCAACACUUUCAGAAGAUGUAUGUACCAAAAGCACCGGAUGGACUGUCAAAAAUUUUGGUGGGAGGUGACAGACUCUCUGAAGCGAAUAGUAGAAAUCUGCAGUGGGCCUAUGCUGAUGGUAUCAACAUAGAGGAGCGAUUAGAUGGCAUGGAGUUCAUGUUUGAGGACUGGCAUGCCAUUAGGGUGCUUUUCGGUUUUUUCUGGUACACAAUCUCCAGUCAUCCUGUACAUAUUUCAGAAUACACCAUGAAUUUAUGUUCUUUAUGGUGGGAUGGGCCUCAGGAAAAGCCGUGGUUUGGUAAAAUUAUCAGUAUGGUGCAGCAACGCGAAACAGGGGCCCCACAGUGCCUACAACGCAUACAAACAUUUUUUCAUCACAGACACAACCGCGUUGCUUCUAACGGCUGCAAUGGAGCACUUUGGACUGCAGGAUGUAGCAGAAAUCCCUGAAUCGUUUGUUCCAGAGGAAAUUGCAUCUGGAUCAACAGACAUAAGGCGAACAUGGUUGCAUGCUAAAUCUGCUGAGAUUGUGGAAAAGUUCGUCCUGCUUGGAGAUGUCACAGAGGCCAUGACUGGUCUCUGUGAAGCUUCUGAGAAAUCAACAGAGACAAAGCAUUACCCUUGUCGAGCACAGGGCUGUCAACAGGUAUACGCAUAUCUCAGAGCCAGAGACAAGCACGAGCUAAAAAAGCACAACUUAGAUCUCACAGAUAAGUUGUCUGGGAAUACGUCACUGAGCAAACGAGACCACAAACAAGAACACACCGUGGCAAGAUUAAGCUUUAGCUUCAUGAUUUUGGACAUGCUUGAUGCAGUAAAAGAGGGUGAUGGUGAGAGACUAAUGAGGCUGUACAAAGUUGCCAUGAUUUAUUACAAAGCAUUUGGGCACAGCCACUAUGCUUAUAGUACAUUACUAAUGACACUGCAGGUGAAUGCAUGUCUGACCCCUCGGAUGUCGCAUAGCAUGAUAUGGAACCGGUUUUGGAGCAGCAAGGGAGGGAAUGGAAACAACAUCCCCCUUGACCUUCAUUUGGAACACCUGAACAAUUUCUUAAAGUCUUUCCUGAAGGGUCUGGGUCCAAACCUUUCCGAAAAUUCAGCACGCCGGGUCAGUCAGUCCAUUGGUGUUUUGAAAGAAAUGAUGGAUAAGGUGGAUGCCGAUUUGAGUAUCAACAGGCCAAGUGGCUCCCAUCGUGCUGAGCAGCAAACACAGGACAUUAUGACUCUAAUCGAUGUUUUCAAGGUGGGUCAACUAUUUACAGAAAUACCUGGCAGGGAAUUUCUGGCCUACCCUAAAUUUGAGAAAAAUCUUUUACGCAAAAUCAAAUUCAAAGAUAUGUGGCAGUGGAUGAGGCUCAAAAUGAUGGAGUGGAGAAAACUAAAAAAAUAAGUCACGCAUUUGUGGUGUUCUAUCUUGUCUAAAGACCCAUUAUGAUUGGUCUUUAAAUAUAUAUAGUUGCAUUGUAUGUACGAGUUCAAAUUCAUUAAUCUUUGUCCAAAAUUGACAAUGAAUAAGAUUAAUAAUGGAUAGGACAAUAGUCAACAAAAUUUUACUUUGUUUAUUGAGCUUGAAAAAAAGAACCUUUGUAAAGAACUUAUAAAUAACCUUUAAAUUAUUAAACCUACUUAAAUUGUUUGUCAAGUUACAUAUUUAAAUAUAAAACAAAUUGCACUAACAUUUUCAGAU